ACAAUGAGCUUGUUUGAGUAUAUUACAUUAUCCUUAGUAGCCAUUCUCUUUGUGAUAUUCUACAAUAUAUGGAGACACAACAAAAAUGUACUACAAAAUUGGCCAAUAAUUGGCAUGCUACCAUCAGUUUUGCUCAACCAAUCCAAUAUUCAUGAUCUUCUAACCUUACGAUUAAAACGUUAUGGAGGCACUUUUGAUUUUAAAGGACCUUGGUUCACAAACAUUGCCAGCUUUAUCAUCACCAGUGAUCCGAUGAAUGUGCAUCACAUCACGAGCAAGAAUUUCAGCAACUAUGGUAAGGGAUCUGAUUUCCGUGAGAUUUUCGAAGUUUUUGGUGAUGGUAUUUUCAAUUUGGAAUCCAAUGAAUGGAAACAAGAGAGAGAAAUGUUUCAUUCAAUGCUCAAAAGAAAAGGCUUUAAGAUAUUCCUUCAACAAAACAUUCAAAAGAAACUUGAGAAUUGCCUAUUACCAUUUCUUGAUCAUGCAUCCAAAGAUGUACUGAUAAUUGAUUUACAAGAUAUUCUUGGGAGGUUCACUUUUGAUAUUGCUUUCAAUUCUAUAUUUGGAUUUGAUUCAAAUUGCCUUCCUUACAACUUCAACGAGUUACCUGAAAUUUCUUAUGUAAAAGCUAUUUCUGAGAUCGAGGAUAUGCUAUUUUCGCGACACUAUAUUCCAAAAUGUAUUUGGAAGCUACAAAAAUGGCUAAAUAUUGGUUUAGAGAAGAAGGGCAAGGUAGCUCAAGAGAAUCUUUACCAAUUCUUGUACAAAUAUUGUACAGCAACUUAUUACAAAGGCGCUGACGAUGUGGUCGAUUCUGAUUCUUCCUUACUAAAAGAAGUAAUGAAGGAAGGAUUGAGAAAGGGGAAAAUGGUUGAGAGAUACACUAGAGACACUGUAGUCAACAUCAUGUUUGCAGGAAAUGGAGCAGUUACUUCAGGUCUCAAUUGGUUCUUUUGGCUUGUUUCAACUCAUCCUAUCGUGGAAGCUAAAAUUAUUCAAGAGAUUAAAGAUAAUUUUCCAACACAAGAGGAGAACUUGAUCAAUAAUUUAAAUGUAGAAAAGCUUGAUAAGCUAGUUUACCUUCAUGGAGCUAUAUGUGAAGCCUUAAGGCUUUAUCCUCCUCUACCAUAUGAACACAAGUGUGCAAUUAAAUCAGAUAUACUACCUAGUGGAGACCAUGUUAAGCCAAAUACAAAGUUAAUAUACUCUUUGUAUGCAAUGGGAAGGAUGGAACAAAUAUGGGGAGAAGAUUGUUUGGAAUUUAAGCCGGAGAGAUGGAUAUCAGAUAGAGGACAGAUUAUACAUGUACCGUCUUACAAGUUCAUAGCAUUUAAUGCAGGUCCUAGAAAGUGUGUAGGGAAAGAUAUCAGCUUAGUUCAAAUCAAAAUGAUUGCAAUUGCUAUGUUAUGGAAGUUUCAAAUACAGGUAGUGGAAGGUCACUCUGUUACUCCAAGAGUUGCUGUGGGUCUUAGCAUGAAACUUGGCCUUAAAGUCAAAGUCAAUAAAAGGAGCAUUUGA